AUGUCAUGUACUUCAUAUGAAGUUUUUGUUUUGAUAAUUUUGGCAUAUUUAGAUAAAGAAAAGCAAUUGAAUAAAGAAAAGCAAUUGGAUAAAGAAAAGCAAUUGGAUAAAGAAAAGCAAUUGGAUAAAGAAAAGCGGUUGUAUAAAGAAAAGCGAUUGGAUAAAGAAAAGCGAUUGGAUGAAGAAAAGCGGUUGGAUAAAGAAAAGCGAUUAGAUAAAGAAAAGCGGUUGGAUAAAGAAAAGCG